AUGUCGCACAUCAAUGAGAAGGAUGAACCUGGCUUCGGCCAGGCAGGAGUCCUCAAACCCGACCAAAAUCUAGGUGCCGAUCUGGAAGCAAGACGGACCUCCACAUCAGUCAACGGACGCCGAAUGAGCAGAAUUGGUCCACCGCCAAAGCAAUCGCUCGAAAUUCCCGUUACUGAUAAUGCUAGUUCUGUGGAUGAGUACGGUAAACUCGUCGAGAUGGAAGCAAAUGAUGCGAUUCAGUACAGGACUUGCUCCUGGCAAAAGACUGCAGCCUUACUGUUCUCCGAAUAUAUUUGCCUGGCCAUUAUGUCGUUCCCUUAUUCAUAUUCAGUAUUGGGUCUGGUACCUGGAAUUAUCUUGACGGUUGUACAAGCUGGGUUUGUACUUUAUACGUCUCUAGUGGUUUGGGAAUUCUGUUUGCGCCACCCAGAAGUACGCGAUGUCUGUGACAUUGGACAAAUGCUUUUCUGGAACUCCAAGUGGGCGUGGUACGCCACCGCAGUAAUGUUCUUGCUCAACAACACUUUCAUCCAAGGAUUGCAUGUGCUCGUUAUUUCUCGCUACUUGAACACCAUGAGUGGACACAGUGUCUGCACCGUCGGCUUCGCGGCCAUCGGCGCAAUUAUCUCCUGGGUCUGCUCCAUGCCACGGACGUUCAACACCCUCUCCAAACUCGCCGCAGCCUCAGCCGUGUUCACCUUCAUCAGCGUGAUUCUCGCUGCAGCUUUCGCCGGUGCCGAGGGUAAACAUGGAACAGCUGGAUACAACCCGGAUCCCAACUUUAUCAACGCCGCGGGCAAGAAUAUUGGUGGAGAACCACUUGUUCUGGCUAUUCCUCUUGCAGGAACCACGUUCGUGUCUGGCAUGAAUGCCUUCCUCAACAUCGCAUACACUUUUAUUGGCCAAAUCACCCUGCCCAGUUUCAUUGCCGAGAUGAAGAAUCCCUAUGAUUUCCGCAAGGCUCUGUGGCUUGUCACGAUUUGUGAAAUUGUCGUGUUUUGUUUGGUCGGUGGGAUUGUCUACGGAUAUACUGGCACCCAAUACAACACCGCACCCGCAUUCGGCAGUCUCGGCAACGAGAUUUACAAGAAAGUCUCAUUCUCAUUCAUGGUCCCAACGCUGAUAUUCCUGGGCGUGCUGUACGCCUCGGUGUCCGCGCGCUUCCUCUUCUUCCGCAUCUUCGAGGGCACUCGCCACAAGACCAGCCACACGGUCGUGGGCUGGGCCACAUGGGCUGGAAUCCUGGCCGUCACGUGGGUCAUGGCAUUCAUCAUCGCCGAGGUGAUUCCCUUCUUUGCCGAUUUACUCUCGUUGAUGAGCUCGCUGUUUGACUCGUUUUUCGGCUGGAUUUUCUGGGGCGUUGCGUACCUGAGGAUGCGGAAGGCAGAUCUCGGUCCGGGUUUCUACAAGAAGAGAGGGAUCCGCGGCUGGGUCGGCUUUAUUGUUAAUAUCUUCAUCAUCCUGGUCGGGGUUUUCUUCCUUGGGGCGGGAACUUAUGCUUCUGUUGACAGCAUUAUCUUGGACUACGAUGCUGGAAAUGUGAAGGGUGUGUUCACAUGUGCCGACAACUCUUUGUAG